UAGAAUGAUGGAUGGAUAGAUAGAUAGAUAGAUAGAUAGAUAGAUAGAUAGAUAGAUAGAUAGAUAGAUAGAUAGAUAGAUAGAUUCUUUUUUGCAUAACAAAAAACUGUUUUCUUCUCACGUGAGAACCGAAGUGGACGUGCCUGUCAUUUCCAGAUUUUCAUCACUUCACUAUUGAUCUGAAAUACGGAAAUAUUCCUAAAGAAUAUCUUUGUCCAAACGUUUGCUGUUAUUAGGCGUCAUGUACGGCUCACAAUUAUACAUCACUACGGCAGAAAUCAUUAGGAUACUGAGUAAAGAUCAUGUUCCAUGAAGAUGUUUUGUACAUUUGCCACAAACUUCAUCUCUGAUCAGUAAUAUUCAUCACUGAGAACUUCAUUUGAACAACUUUAAAGGUGAUUUCUCAAUAUUUAGAUUGUUUCGUCUCCCUCAGAUUCCAGGUUUUCUAACAGUUGUAUCUCAGACACAGAUACGGUCCGAUCAGACAUCAAUGGAAAGAGGUUUUUUUCUAUCAUUAUUGACUGUUCAUUGAUCCGUGGAGAUGUUUUUGAUCCUCUCUGGAGCACAGUGUGGUUUGUUUGGCUGAAGUCCUGCGUCGGUCAGCACAGCGCUCCCAUCACUGAUUAACUCGGAGCUGAUCUCGGGUCAGAAGCAGACGAUCAGGGUCGUCCCGAUGGAGAAACUCCUGCUUUCUGAGGACUCUCUUCAGAGCGGGAGCAGACCGAUGUGCUCCGUUCCUCCGCGUCAGCAGGCCGACGAGUCUCUGCGUCAGCAUGCAGAAAACACCGAGGAGGACGACGGACAGAAGAUGACUCUGAUCUCGCCGGACGCCGAGACUGACCUGAGGAGAAGAAAGCCCGCUCUGGUCAGAUCCAGAACCUUCGACCCGGCGCUUCUGCUGCAAGUCCAGAGUGACUCCGAAUCCAAGUGUGAACGCAGAAAACCUCAGUCCGCUCAGUCUCUGCGCACUAAUAUCCAGUACCACAAGGUUUUUAAAGACAUAGGUGAAGAAGAGCAGCUGAGACAGAGUUACACCUGCGCCCUGCAGAAGGACAUCCUGUAUCAGGGAAGACUGUUUGUGUCUGAUAACUGGAUCUGUUUCCAUUCCAAAGUGUUCGGAAAAGACACGAAGAUUGUGAUUCCAGUGGCUUCAGUGACGAUCAUCAAGAAAACCAAAACGGCCAUCUUGGUGCCGAACGCUCUGGUCAUCUCCACGGCGCGCGAGCGGCAUGUGUUCGUCUCGUUUCUGUCUCGAGACGCGACCUACAAGGUCCUGAUGUCCGUCUGCCCUCAUCUGUUUGAGAAGAGUCCCGGGGUCAGUCAGAUCCCGUCUCAGAGUCUCAGGCGACAUCCGGCGUCUCUGACCGCGGAUUUCUCUGCGGAUCUGUCGGAUCUGGACGCUCCGGUCAGCCAGGCGGGUCAGCACAUGGACGACAGCAGCAGCUCCGACUGCCCCGAGUCUCCGGACUUCAUCAAAACCCCCAAGUUCACAAAACGGCCCCAAGCUUGUAUUGAAGUGACUGAAAGAAAUGAGGAACUGGAUUCUCACACACAAGAAACCAGCGCCGCUGUCAACAUACCUGUGUCUUCAGGGUCAGUGGAGGUGAUGAAGCGUCUCAGUCCGGUGUCUCUGUCUCUGAACUCUCUGCUGGUGAUCUAUGUGUCUCUGGUCUGCGUUCUUCUGGUUUCCUCCUGCGUCAUGGCGCUGAAGAUCAUGUCUCUUGAGGAGCGUCUGACAUCUCUCGUUUCCAUGGAGAUUCCCCACAAAAGAGAUGAGUAUCAAAGCCUGUUUGCUGGAGACACGGCUGAGAUCUUCUCGGUUCUGUCCGCGAGUCUCCUGAAGCUGGAAAAGAUUCACAGGAACCUGCAGAGACUGAUGGAGAACGCGUCCGAGCUUUAAGGUACUUCCCUCGGAGGAAACGCCACGGAGACGACGGCCGUUCCGGUCAAUAUCGCAAUGUUUUAAGCUUUUGAAUGCAAGUACUGUGAAAAAAAGACCAUCAUGGGUAGAACUAGUUCUCAUUUGCUGUUUUAUACAAGCGUUCAAUCAAAUACAAGCUGAGCCAGUGCUUUUAGAUGCAUGUGUAAAAUGAAAGGAUCUUUUGUGUUGAGCAGACUCUGAAUCGUGAAUGAAAAACUGUGUACUGAAUAAAGUUUGCGUCGAGUGAA